AUGGCGGCUCUUGCAGUUCCUCCCCCCGGCAUGGGUCCCACGCUUGAUAUGGAUCCUGCGUCGCAGCCGCUCACGGCGCGUCGGCCAGCAGCUUCGAAUCUACCUGUAUUCGAGCUACCACCGCCAGCGAACUUUGGCCUUGUCAAUUCUUCCACCAAAUUUCCGUCACCUUCGGCCGGCAACCCCGUGUCGAACGUAAGCAGUCUCCUCACUCCGCCGUCAAAUCAUUCUGGUGAAGGCGCGAAUAAUUCGCUACCCCCCGGCCCGAGCAUUUCUACUACAAUUUCUGCAUCUCAGGAGGUCCCCUCAUAUCCGCCAUCGUGGCAAAAUCAGAGCUCGUAUACUUACGGUUCUCCGUCCCAGGCUUCCUGGGGCCCCAGUUCCACUAGUAUCUUUCCGCCACCACGGAGUGUGCUCUCCCCCACGUCAGCAUCGCUUGGUCGAAAUAGCGGCAGUCUGCCGCCUACGACGAGCGAUGGCAUGGCGUCGCAGUAUGAACUAAACCAUCAUCUACCCCCUUUCCAGCAACAGUCUAUACCCACUUCAUCACCUGCCUCUGCCACUUCCGUUAUAUCCCAUGGCCAACAUCCACAGCAGCAAGCUAUGGCUCACCUUCCCACGACUUCAGGGGCUUCAUCGCAUUAUCAGACGGCUACGGUUGAUAUGUAUUCACGGCCACUUGUGAGCCCGUUAUUCGGUCCUUCAUCUUCAGUCGGCGCCGGUCAAUAUCCUCCUUCGUAUGGAGCGUCGCCAGUGGGACAGAGUGGAUACGCACCUCGAUUACAGUCUGGGCCUAGUCAGUCUCCGCCUAUGCAACCUCCUCAUUUGGGUUACAGUCGGCCACCUUGGCCAUCAUAUUCGUUACCUGCGAUGUCAGGACCGAUCAUGACGAACGUACAUAAUCCUCAUGGACAGAUGUCGCUUGUGGGUAAUAUGGCUACUGGUAUGAUACCGGGGUUCACCAGCGGUCAUCUAGCGAGUAUGCAGCAUAUGUACGGCAGUCAUCCUUCGCAUCAUCAAGGCCAUGGCCAGUCUGCACCGCCAAAUGAUCGUCCUUUUAAGUGUGAUCAGUGUCCGCAAUCGUUCAACCGAAAUCACGAUCUCAAGAGACAUAAGCGUAUUCACUUGUCCGUGAAACCGUUUCCCUGUAAUCAUUGCGAAAAGAGUUUUUCACGCAAGGAUGCUUUAAAGCGACAUCUCCUUGUCAAGGGAUGCGGGAAAAACACGGAUACGAGCUCUAAUUCCGGUACCAAGGAUGACGAUACCCUGACCAAAGUCGAGUCACAAAGUGAUAAAGCGAGCCCCGUUUCCAACAGUAUCUGAACGAGCUGUUACACCCAUACAUGUAAACUUUUCCAACUUUUCUGUUUGUUUCUACUUUUCUCUGCAAAAUUCCUUCAUCGUCGUCUAAAUGUUUGUCAUUCUGAGCAAGGUGUCAGGAGGGUUGUUUGAGAUUUUUUUUUUUCUUGGGCGCAUUUUUCAUUGUUAUCUCAUCAUUAUCAUGUAUUUAUGUUUACGAUCAUGUUUCUUUUUUUUCCGUCUCUUCUCACGUCUCCAAUAUCGGCAGAACAGUACGCUUUUUUCCCCCCUUCAUUCUUCGAUUCUUGUUACCAAAUCAUUCUAUAUCCUGCCUUAUUUGUUUCUCUUUUCUAAUCGUAUCCGAAUAUGAUUGAAUGGUUUGGCUUUUGCAGUGGCAAGGAGAAAUAGCCCCUCAGACGGUUUGAUGUUUUUUUGUGUCUAUGAUUAUACAUAUUUGCACAUAUACAUACAUACUUCUCAUUCAUCC